CAUACACACAAUUAUGUGUUUAGCUGAACAUGGAGCUGCUUAUGUUCACUGUUUUGGCUGUUAUUCCAGUUAUAUCAGAUGGGUUGGUUGUGCAUGGUCCCUCUGGUCCUCUGGUUGCUCCUCUGGGAUCUUCAGUGGUUUUGCCCUGUUAUGUCAGUGAACUCUUACUAAUGGAAGGUUUGGAGGUGGAAUGGAGAAGAACAGACUCAGAGACUCUGGUUCAUCUGUUUCUGGGUGGAAAGAGUCGACCAGAGUCCCAACAGCAGGAUUAUCAUGAUAGAGCUCAUUUCUUUAUUGAUCAGAUUCAACAUGGAAACUUCUCCCUCCGUCUGGAUAAUCUGAGAGCUGAAGAUGAGGGAAAAUACACAUGUAGAAUUCACAGUCAGCAGGAUUUUGGUGAGACUGUGGUUCAAUUAAAUGUUGAGCAUUUGUUAGUAUCAGGUUCGAGUUGCUCCAUAUCUGCGUCUGUGGGUGAGGACGUCACUCUGAACUGCUCUGUAGACUUUCAGAUCACAUCUGAACCCAUUAAAGAGGUUUCAUGGAGGAAAACCAAUAAAGAUGAAUAUAUUCAGGUUCUGCUCUACCAAAACAAUGAGACUUUCUCAGAUUCAUCAGAUGAGCGAUACAGAGACAGAGUUGAGUUCUUCACUGCUGAAAUCCCCAAAGGAAACUUCUCUCUCAGACUGAGGAGUGUCAGAACUGAGGAUAAAGGAGUUUACAUGUGUCAAGUGUUUGCUGGAGGACUUUCAGCCAAUGCAACUGUAGUGUUGGAGAGACUGGGUUUCUCUGCUUUGCACAUAUUUGUGUUGGUAUUCUGUUUUGCUGCAUCUGCUGCUGUACUACAGCUGCUCUCCUGCCUGAUUUACUGCAGAUCAAGGAAUACAGUCACCAACAGCACAAUCAGGAAUUUAAAGUGGUCUCUUGUCUUUUGUCCAAAUAUCUGUAUGUUCUUUGCCUUCAUCUUCUGGGGACUUACUGAGGGAUUUCUGUAUGAAACCAUCACUUGCUGUGCUUUUUAUAUUUUAAGACCUGUUAUGUUGAAAUGGGCUUCGUCCAGAAUAAAGAUUCUUCAAGACAGUCAGGUGCGGUUUGCAAGUAUAAGAAGAGAAUUAGCUGUUUUCACAGUUAUUGUUUAUUCAGCUUUUUUCAUAUAUGCCUGGAUGAAUAUUGAACAUGCUGUGAAAUUCGCAUUUCGCAUAGUAGUUUUUGGAUUAUUGUUUGGAUUUGUUGUAGUUCUCUCUCUUGCUUUGUGUAGAGCAUUUAGCUGUAUGGACACAAAGUGGGUCUGUUUAUACUUUCUGUCUCUGGCACAAUUGUUCCUACUGAUUUGCUCGUUUGGACUGCCUAGUCCAGUCUUUCUAGCUGAGCCAGGGAUUCAGUCUGUACUACUUGUGUGUAUAUCAUGUAAAUUCCUUCACAAGAGAUGGAAAAUAUUACUAUGGAUAAUAACAUUGAUGCUCCUGGAUCUCGUUCUAGUGAUCUAUGUUCAUGUACGCUUUUUGGAAAGAGAUGAAAAUUACUUGGCAUGGGCUUUUGCCAUUAUAUUUCUCGAAGUUUUGAGGAUAACUGUGGCGUUUGAAGACAGUGAUCACGCGGAUCUCUGUAUUGAAAUCAUGUACAUGUUUGGAGCAUUUGGUCUUGUUUUGGUGAACUCUGUUGCACUGACAGUAGAACUGUUCCUGAGCGCACGAAAUGGCGAGCGUGUCAUAAAGGAUUUGAGAUACAUUGUCCUUUCAUCUGAGUGUGUUUUUGUUUUAUAUUUUGUGGUUUUACAAAUACAUGCUUGCUGUAAGUAUCUUUUCACAAUUAAAACAUUCAAAUUUGCCACUGAUGAAGAGCAGGUGGUGACUGGGAUGAAUGCUGGACAAAGAGGAGAAAUGAUCUUUCCCCCAAACUGA